AAUGAUUCUCUAGUUGCCUGGUGAACGAGUGUAAACAAAAAAGGGACCAGUGUGGCCUGGGGAAACCGACGCCGCUGCUUGGGUAGUGGCUGGGCAGGCCGUGAAUGGGAGCGGGAGACUGAGCGGAUGUUUCAAGGUGAGAACCACUGGAAAGCCACAAGCCCCGCUGAACAAGGGCCUUGUCCACCUCCUGAAUGGGCAGGAAUCAUCUACAUUAAAUUUAAACUUCUGUUGAUGCUUCAUGUCUACAACUGUUUGGAGGAGAUGGAAUAUGAAAUGAGAAACUCAAUUCUUUCUUAAAUACUAAAAAUCACAUAUUGUGACGACAGAUAAGUGGGGAAAUCUGUCAAAGUGAGGAUUUAAAUUCUAAACCCACAUUCUAUGCAAUGGAAGAGAUUCCUGUUAAAGUAGCAGUAAGAAUAAGACCUCUGCUUUCUAAAGAAGUACUUCACAACCAUCAAGUAUGUGUGAGAUUAAUUCCCGAUACUCAGCAGAUUAUAAUUGGAAAAGACCGUGUUUUCACUUUUGAUUUUGUUUUUGGCAAACAUUCAACUCAAGAUGAAGUAUAUACAACAUGCAUUAAGCCAUUGGUAGCAUCUUUGAUGGAAGGCUAUAAUGCUACGGUUUUUGCCUAUGGACAAACAGGCUCUGGAAAGACUUACACUAUUGGAGGAGGUCACAUUGCAUCUGUUGCAGAGGAAGAGAGAGGUAUUAUUCCACGAGCAAUCCAGGAAAUAUUUCAGAUUAUUUCAGAAAACCAUAAUAUAGACUUCACUGUGAAAGUUUCUUAUUUAGAAGUCUACAAAGAAGAGCUUCGUGAUUUACUGGAACUGGAGACAUCUAUGAAAGAUCUGCACAUUAGAGAAGAUGAAAAGGGAAAUACAGUUCUUGUUGGUGCCAAAGACUGUCAAGUUGAAAGUGUGGCUGAAGUGAUGAGCCUGUUGGAAACUGGGAAUGCAGCUCGUCAUACAGGCACAACACAAAUGAAUGAAGACUCUAGUCGAUCUCAUGCUGUUUUUACAAUCAGCAUUUGUCAACAGCAGCAACCUGUGCUGAACGAAAAGGAUGUAGAUGCUGCACAGUACUCAUCUUGGAGUUCAGGCCAGCUUAUUGUUUCCAAAUUUCACUUUGUGGACCUCGCAGGAUCAGAAAGAGUAACAAAAACUGGGAACACUGGUGAAAGGUUCAAAGAAUCAGUUCAGAUAAACAGUGGUUUGUUGGCUCUGGGAAAUGUGAUAAGUGCUCUUGGAGACCCAAAGAGAAAAAGUGCGCAUGUUCCAUAUAGGGAUGCUAAAAUCACACGUAUUCUUAAGGAUUCCUUGGGAGGGAAUGCCAAGACUCUAAUGAUAACUUGUAUUAGCCCAUCAUCUUCUGAUUUUGAUGAAUCAUUAAACUCCAUUAAAUAUGCUAACAGAGCCAAAAAUAUUAGAAAUAAACCUAUUGUCAACUACAAUCCAGACCUGGACCGUAUUGACGAAAUGGAGCUUGAAAUCAAGUUGCUCCGGGAAGCUUUGCAAAACCAGCAGGUCAGGGGACAUACCCCUAGCAGCCAAGGGUCACAGGAUUUGUUACAGGAUAGAAACAAAAUCCGUUCCCUUGAAGAACAGCUUGCCCAUCUUCAGGUAGAAUGUUUUAGCUACCGAAAUUACAUAGAGGAAGCCUAUGUGUUCCUUGUUGACUUAAAAAAUAUUGCUAGCUUAACAGAUAGUCAACAGGAAAGAGUGCAGGAUUGGCUCUGCCUGGCUCAGGCACUAAGGCGAGAGGCUUCAAGUAUUCCCAGAGUAAACAGUGGAAGUGAAGGUGACCAAGAAGGACCAUAUCAUAUCACCAUUCUUCAGUUGAAAAGGGAGCUGAAGAAAUACCAGCAGGCUCUGGCUACAGAUGCAGAUGUGUUCAGUGAGAAAGAACUUGAACUAAAAGAACUGCAAGAUCAAAUACAAAAAUUAAUAAAGGAGAAUCAAGAAUACUUGGUAUCAUUCAAGGAGGCACAGGAAACAAAUAGGCUGCAGAAUGAGAAGAUGGUGGAGCAACAGCUUAUAAUUGACCAGCUGAAUGACAAGUUAGAAAAAAUGUCCAGUAGUUCUUCCUCCAGGGGUGAUUGUGGAGAUGGACCAGCUGCUCUAAUAUCUGCUAAAAGGCCUUAUAGUGUCCCACUGACUAAAAGGCUUAUACAGUCCAAUAAUAUGCCAAUGGGGUUGGAUUGUCGAAAGGUCCACACAAGCCCACCUACAUACUCUCUAAGCAAAGUAAUGGCAGGGUUUCGAACCCGAAGUCAAAUAAUGUUGGAUCACAUCGAAGAACAAGAUGAAGUUCUUCGUUCCUGCUUUUCUGAUUGUAGUGAAGGUGAAAGAAAUGCAAAGAACAUAAGACGACCCCCAUUUAGACAGUCCUUAAACCGUACGUGGACACAAAAAGAAGUUUCCCACAGCUUCAUCCCCGAACCAAAAGAAACCCUGCACAAUUCCUCUUCACAAAAUGAAAACGUUUCACAAAAUGAAACUGUUACAGGUGAAGAUAUUGAAUGUAUCCAGAAGAGUCAGAUACUAAAUAUGCAGAAGUUAAAGAAUUCAGAGCUAAAACUUACUGCUGCAAAGCAAAAAAUGAAUGAACUUACACUUAAUAUCAGAAUGAAAGAAGAACUUAUUAAAGAGUUAGUAAAAACAGGUCAUGAUGCCCGAUCUGUAACCAAGCAGUAUUCUUUGAAAAUAACACAACUGGAACAUGAAGCGGAGCAGGCAAAAAUGGAACUAGUUGAAACACAAAAGCAGUUGCAGGAACUAGAGAACAAGGAGUUAAGAGACACUGCAGAGAAAGCCAGACUGCAGAAGGAAUUUAGGAAGAAGAUGGAUGCAGCAAAGCUUAAAGUGCAGGAUUUACAGAGGAAACAGCAGAACACGAAGAAGUUGGCAUCACUGUCCACCCAGAAUGAGAAACAUGUAACAGAACUGGAACAAAAUGUCAGGCGCAUGAAAAAUCAGCAAGCCCAACUUCAGAAAAGGCUGCAAGAGGAAAGUCAAACAAAGAAAUCCUUGGAGGCAGAAAUUCAACAGGGCCAAAAGCAGAUCAAGGAACUUCAGCAAAAGACAGAACAGCAGGAAAAGAUUUUAAAACUAAAAGAUGAAGAAAUUGCUGUAUUUAAGAGGAAAAAUUCAUCUGUACCUCCACAGCAACUUCAGCAAUUAGAAGAGAAAAAGAAGUGGCUUGAUGAAGAACUAGAGAAGAUUUUGCAGCAGCGUCAAGAGUUGGCUAAUUUAGAGGAAGAUUUAAAGAGAAGGGAAACCAUCAUUUCCAAGAAAGAAAUGCUGAUACAAGAAAAGAACCAUUUGGAAAUAAAGAAAUUGAGGUCCAGCCAGGCGCUCAAUUCAGACAGUUUGAAAUUAUCUGCCCACCUGAACAUGUUGGAUCAGGAAUUAUGCAACAAAAAUAUACGGCUUCAGAGCAGUUCCAGUGAUGAGCAAGGAAAGAUUUUGGAAGAGGUUCAAUUUCUGCAAAAAGAGAAGGAUCAACUGCUAAGAAGAAGAAAUAGUGUGGAUGAGAAACUUAAAAAUGGCAGAGUGUUGUCCCCUGAAGAAGAACAUCUUCUAUUCCAGCUUGAAGAGGGAAUUGAUGCCUUGGAGGCUGCCAUUGCCUACAAGAAUGAAAGUAUUCAAAAUCACAAGAACUUGCUCAGAGCAUCAUCUCAAAUCCUCUCUCAGAAUGAGGCCAAUGUGAUAGGAAAACUAGUUUCCUUGUCUGCUACUGACCUACAGUCAAUUCUCUUAAAGUAUUUUAACAAGGUUGUCAGCCUCCGAGAGAGCGAACGGCAGUUGCAGCUCCAGACUGAAGAACUGAGAAUGAGAAUGGUAGAACAAGAAAACAUAGUAAAAGAGCUUGAAUUGGCUCUUCAGCAUCUUAUGCUUCAGUGUGAUAGGCGUUUGACCCUCCAACAGAAAGAUCAUGAACAGAAGAUGCAAUUAAUACUAGUUCAUUGCAAAGAGAAAGAUGGGGAAAGUAUUACAGAAUCCCUUCAAACAUAUGAAGCCAAAGUCCAGCGACUGGAAAAAGACUUGUUCUUCUAUAAAAAAAUGAGCAGAGAACUAAAGAAGAAAUUAAAAGAAUUCCUUGGAGAAUCGAUGCAACAUCCUCCUCCUAUACAAAGUAAUUAUUCUAAUAAUGGAAUGCUGGAUCAAGAAAGAGCAGAUAUCUCUUCAGAAGAACAUGUGUAUACAUCCAAAUCAUCUGGAAAAUUGAAAGAAACAGAAUACCCAGUGGGUGACUUAGAAGCACAGCAAAAUUCACAUAGACUUGAACGGGAUGGUGCAGAGCUGGUAUCCAAUGCGCUGUGUUCAUCCAAUAGUCAUGGGGAACAAGCAGGAAAAGUGCAUCAGCUUGCAAAAUCACAUCCACAAGUAUUCUGCCAUUUUCAGCCAGGAGAGACAUUGACACAGGUUCAAGGAGUAACCCCAGUAAAACUUUCCCGCAAAGAAUUGCGUCCUAUUCCUGUGUCCGAACUUUCAUCAAGGCUCUCAAGCCUUAAAAACUCUGUUGCUGACAAUUCCUUUGAAAUGUCUUGAAAACCUAAUGACUACAAUAUAUAAUCAUUUCUUUUAUAAUAUGAAUGUUAUAUGAAUUACAAAAUUUCCUUCCAAUGUAUUUCAGGCAGCUAUGAUGCUUAUGCAAAUUACCUCUAGCUGUGCCUCAUGCCACAGAUCAUUAUUUUAUGUAGAGAUCUGUAAUACUGCUUUGAUGCAGUGAUGACAUAAAGGGCUGAAAUAACAGAAUUUUCACCUUUGAGGAAUUCUGUCACUAACUGUACUCCUUUCAUUGUAGAAUUAGAAUGGAGCUUUAUACUGUAUUCUCUUGAAUGUAUCCUUUACAUCUUACACUACAAAUAAUCUUAGAGUCACUUCACCCAAUAUAAUCUUGACCAUUCCUGAGAGUAUGUUUACAUGGCUAAACAGUAUAUAAGUGGAAAAAUCAGCUGUGGCCAUAAGCACUCCAUUUGAUUGACUAAGUGGGGACAAAAUUGUCAAUUUCGUUACAGGAAAUGCUGUUGGCUAGAUAAGUUACUACUCAGUCUUGCAUACUGCAGUGUGAUCAUUGGGGUGUUCACAUGAAUAAAAACUAUUGUGUUACCUGUUUAGAUAUAGCUAAUUCUUCAUGGAAACAUCAGGAGUAAUAGUUACCUAAUCUGCUUUUGUGUAUGUACACUUAUGCUGAGGUUUAUGACAAACCACUUAGCUGACUAUGCAAUCAGUGUCCUUCAAAAAGAAUGACUGUUUUCUGGGCAAUGAAUUAGUGUUUAUUUAGGUAACUUAACAAAACCAAUUUCUAUUUAAAGCAAAUAACCUCUUUACUUCCAAACGCUUGCAAACAUUAAGUUUGAGGUAGUUGUUAAUAAAAGUUAAUAAAGUUGUUAAUAAAAGUUAAUAAAAAUUCAUAUAACAUAAAAGUGACUUUGGAACAGGCCUAGGACUUUUUAACAAAGCAUGCUUUUUUUUAGGGAAAAACAUUACCUGCAGGAUUAUUCCAAGAUAAUAGAUUGCCUCCAUAUGAAUUAAUCCACUCUACAACUAAUUCAGUAAUCCUUUAUAUUGAUUUCAGUGCACUGAUGUUAUCCAGUGUCUCCUUAAUAAACAAAAACAAUAUAUGGGUAUAAAGGGAAUAGAUGUACAUCCUAAACUCCUCCAUAUUACUAAGGAUUAGAAUUGUACAUAUGUAAUUGUAUAAAAUUUGUAUAUAAACAUUUAUAGAGAGUUAAAGGAGCAGCCUGGAGGAUCAUGUAUUUCCUUGGCUCCACAACCUGUAAAGCACUCCUCUCCUUCACAUAUAUGUGUGUUAUACUUUGCCUUACAGUUUUGUUAUUACAUGUUACUAUUAACACUGUUAAAAUGAAUCCUGAUACUCUGCUCAACUCCUGUUCACUAUUGUUUGUAUAGUUAAAGAAUGAAAUAAAUAGUUACAGCCAAAUAA